AUGACAGCGACGAAUUACAUGAGGCCGAUGAGCUACCAUGUGCAGUGGCUGGAGAGCGUCAAGCAGGACUCGGCCAAGGCUCCGCUCUCUGACAAGAAACCCGUUCCAACGAAGCUCACGGCAUUUUCACGCAGAGUGCAGCAAGCCCGUAAGCAGAAAGAGAAGUUGAAAGCGCAGGAGGCAGUUCAGUCCGCAGCUGAGGCCUUGGAGCUACGACAGCAAGCCUGCGAUAAGUUGGAGGAAGAGCCACGCAGUCUAUCAUCGGUGCGCGCUGAUGUGCAGGUGGUGGAGGCUUCCAGUUUGGAGAAGCUGGAGUUCGAGGAAGUCAAGCUCGCCACACGCUUUCACAAGCUGGAGGGGGUUGUGAAUACAGAGAAGCUCGCCUCCAUAUUGGCCCAGAUGCUCAAGACCCAGCCUGGAGACACCACAGCAGAGCCAGCGGAGAAGCAGCAGACUACCGCUCUCCCACAGCCACAGCUUCAGCAACCGCUGACGCUCACGACCUACCAACACCUGGUCCACGUUUCAGGGCUUCUCGAGUGGCUGGUGCUGGACAAUGGCGUUCAGGCUGACGCGGUCUUUGUCCAGGAGCACGGGUUGGGAGCUGGAGAUAAGCCCAGAAAGAUCAUGCGCCAGGUCACGAAAUGGAUUCACCCUCUGGUCGGCUCUAUGGUAGAGAGGCCCGCGGGUCAGCAGUCCGACCGCCUUUCGUAUCAGUACUUGCAUGCCCCUCGUGCGCUGGCGAAGUACGGCAUGAGGAAGCUACCCACUUCGGCCGUGCCAGAGUGGAGGAGGAGGAAGAAUACGAUGACCAGGCUCGUGUCGCAGCAGGUGCGCCCUUUCCUGGUCACUAGGCCCGAGUGGAUUUAUUGCGCUGGCCAGUGGCAGGAGUGCAAGUGCAGGGGAAAAGUCCGCUGGGGCGUCGGCGAGAAGUGGAUGGAGAUCGAGCCCAAGCCAGGAGAGGCCGACGUCUCGGUCACCUGCAGCAUCGCCAAGCUGCCCGACGUCGCCCCUGGUGAGGACGGCAAGCGCUGCGAGUGCCUGGGUCAGCUCGUCGUGCCCGGACUGCCGACCGAGGCGGGCGGGCUGCACGACGGUCUCCCGUUGGCUUCCCAUGCCGAUCAGCGAAAGGCCGUUUGUGAGCGUUCGGUCGGUCUUUAG